AUGGCCUCCAGCUGCCAAAUGGGCAGCAUUGACAGCCUGGAGCUGCUGGACCUGCUCUUUGACCGACAGGACGGGGUCCUCCGGAACGUGGAGUUCGGGGGCCACACGGCCGGCUGGCCCGGGCCAGAGCAGAGUCAGCUGCCCGGUGCCCAGGAGAACGAGGAUUUCCUCAGCUCCAUCCUGGGCUCGGGGGACUCCGGCUCCGACUCCCCGAUCUGGUCCCCUGCAGCCAGCGACAGCGGCAUCUCCGAGGACCCGAACUCGGACCAGCUCGACAGCCCCCAGCACUACGUGCCCACAGGCAGCCCGGGGGGCUACUCAGAUGGGGGGCCCGGUGAGCCGGCGUACCCCUACCAGGAGUCCUCCCAGGCCCAGUCCGCUCCCAGCCUGCCUGGGGCUGACCUGCGGGAGGCCGAAGUCUCCAUAGACCUCGACAUGUGGAAUCCUGGUUUUUUCUCGGAGAAGAGUGGCAACUUGCCUGCUCCCACUCAGAUCGCCGCUUCCUGCACCCUGACGGUGAAGGACCUGCUGCUGUCCAACAACUGUGAGAUGCAGCAGCAGCAGCUGAUGACCCCAGUGUUGCUGAGACAAAGUCACGGGCACUGCCAGGAGCUGGUGCUGACAGAGGACGAGAAGAAGCUGCUGGCCAAGGAGGGGGUCGCACUGCCCACCCAGCUGCCCCUCACCAAGUACGAGGAGAGAGUGCUGAAGAAGAUCCGCCGGAAGAUCCGGAAUAAGCAGUCGGCUCAGGAAAGCCGGAAGAAGAAGAAGGAAUAUAUCGACGGGCUGGAGAGCCGGAUGUCGGCCUGCACGGCGCAGAACCAGGAACUGCAAAGAAAAGUGCUGCACCUGGAGAAGCAGAACUCGUCCCUCCUGGAGCAACUGAGGAAACUCCAGACCCUCGUGGUGCAGUCGACUAACAAAGCCGCCCAGACGGGGACCUGCAUCGCGGUGCUGCUGCUCUCCUUCGCCCUGAUCGUCUUCCCCUCCAUCAGCCCCUUUGCCCCCAAUAAAGCGGAGCCGGAAGGUGACUUUGGGCCGGUGAGAGUGUUCUCCAGGUCUCUCCAUAACGCUGCCUCCUCCCGGGUGGCCUAUGCCCUGAUGAAGGACGGCGCCGAGAGCCCCCAGGAGCCGGAGAAUCCCGUGUGGACGGAGUACGCCGGCGAGGCCCAGGGCGAGCCCCGGGGAGUCCUCCGCAAAUUCCUCAGCAGCCAGGCGCUCGCCAGGCCCCGGGCAGAGGCUCCCCAGGCCAACGGGACCGGGGCCCUGCCGCAGGACGGACACUCGGACUUGGAGGGGCUGCGUCACGACGGCCCCAUGGCGGCCUCGCUGGCCUGGACAGAGCCCAGCCAGCCCAGCCAGGUGCGGCUGGAGCCGGCCGAGGAGCUGUGA